AUGCUCCUAGUAAUCAGAUUGAUCAACCUUAUCAUUUUUAUUAUCAAUGUAAAAUUGAAUGGAGGAAGCAAUUCAGUUGAAUUUUGGGCGCUAAGAAUUUUUGGUAUCUCAUGUCCAAUAACUGGUCAGCAAUUAGUUGGAAAUAUUAUUACAUAUACAUUUUUUCACUCAAUUGGGAUUCUCUUAAAUAAUAAUUGGAUAGUUACCCUCAUUGGAAUGCUGAUAAACUUUGCAUUUACUUGCGGAUUUUAUAUUCAUUUCUUUGGACAGUUUGAUUAUUCUCUACAUUGGCUAUUAUUUGCUACUGUCAUAGUGAGUGCCUUAACUUGCUAUUUAUUUGAAAAAAGAUUAAAGCUGCAAUUUAUCUAGCUUUAAUAGAUAAAGAAUAUGAAUGAGGAGCUAAAGCAAAUAUUUGAUAAAAUCCCAGAAGGAAUAUUAUUAUUCAACGAAAGUACUUAAAGAAUAUCACUCACGAAUCUUGAAUUUAAAAAACUCUUUACUAGUGAGAAUCAAAUAGAUAAUGAUAAAGUAUAAAAUGUGAUAAAAGAUGUUUCAUUGAGAAGAUACCAUCUUUAAUAGAUAAGUGAUAUAGACUAAAAUGAAAUAUCACUCAAGAAACCUUUUUUGAAUAUUUUCGAAGCCUCAAACGGAGAUUAUUAAGAUGAGUGUUUUGAGAUCAUUCACAAAAACUAAGUUCUAUUAACUGACUCAAUAAUUUCAUAAGAUCAAAGCAAUUAUGAGAUAGUAAGCUUGUCAUAGUGCAAAAUCAAUUUUUCUGGAUCCUAACAUUCUAUGAUACUAAUUAAGAACCUUACUCCAGUGGUGAAAUAUGAAAAACUUAAAGUAGAAAACCACUACUAUGAGAUGCUAACUGCUACUGUUUCUCAUGACAUGCGUACUCCUUUAAACGCUAUCAUCGGACUCCUUGGUAAUCUUGAAUCAUUUGUAGUCCAUAAAGGCAAAAGAUUCCUUCCAAUAAUCUAAAAUUCUUCUAAAUUCAUGCUUUUCCUAGUCAAUGACCUUUUAGAUUUUUUCUAAAUAAAAAAUGGCAAAUUUAGACCAAACGAAAGACCAGUAAAUCUAAGAAAUUCAAUAAGAGAUCUCAUUGAAAUGUUUAAAAUAGGAGCCUCUGAAAAGGGUAUAGAGCUGAUAUAUUUUUGCUAAGAUGAUUUCCCUAGUGAAUUAAGUGUUGAUGAUUCCAGAAUCUAGUAGGUCCUAUUAAAUUUACUCCAAAACGCACUUAAAUUUACAUUUGAAGGUACCAUCUAAGUUCUUAUGAAAUUUAACCGAUCCUUAAAUGAAGUUGCAAUUAGUGUCACUGACUCAGGAAUCGGUAUUAAGCAAGAAGAUAGAGAGAAAUUGUUCUAAAUGUUUGGUAAGCUCCAAAAUACAUUUGCCAUAAACACUUCUGGAAUCGGAAUAGGACUAAUUAUAUGUAAGAAAAUAGUGGAGGCAUUUCAAGGAACAAUAAUAUUAGAGGAUUAAGAUAUCAACAAAAAGGGCUCAACUUUUACAUUUACUAUUAAGGUAAAGGAAGCAAGAGAUCAUGAUUUUAAUUUUAAUAACCUUGAUGAAAUCCAUAUAGAUCUAGGAACUUACAGAUCAACUCAAAACUUGGUAGAGGAAGAGAGAAAUUACACAGAAAAUCUUGACUAGUCAGUAGAAAAUAUCUACUCUAUUGAGGAAUGUGAUUCACCUAUGAAUAUUAAGGAUUUUCAAUAGUUUUCAGAUAUAAGGACUAAAACUGGCUUGAACACUAUUCAAAGACAAAGGCCUGAUUGUCCUGAAUGUAGGAAUCAAACAGAUAUUCUCAUUGUCGAUGAUAAUAUAUUCAACAUGGUUACACUUUAGACGAUUCUAGAGAUGCAAUUCAAUUUAAAAUCUGAUAAAGCAAUGAACGGCUUAGAAGCAGUAAUGAAAGUAAAGGAUAGAAUUGGAGAUACCAACUAAAUUAGAUGCUAAAAACACUAUUCAAGAAACUAUAAAAUCAUAUUUAUGGAUGGAAAUAUGCCUAUAAUGGAUGGACUCUAAGCAACUUAGGAAAUUAGACUGCUGGAACAAGUGAUAUAAGCAGAGCAAGAUUCCUAGAAUUCAUUAAACAUCCGUAAUUAUAAACCCUCAAAGGCAUAUAUUAUAGGCUGGACUGCUUAUGAUACAGAAAGUUUUAAGUAAAGAUGCUUUGCAAGCGGAAUGGAUUACUUUAUUGUGAAGCCAGUAAGCUCCCAAAUAUUGGAGCCGAUAAUUAAUAACAACCUUUUUUGA